CGAAGGAUGGACAAUCUGUCAUUUGUGCAGGAGUGAAAACUGUGGGAAAAUCCUGAGUAUAUGUGUAAUAGUGAAGAAAUUACAUUGAAUUACAUUAUAAGGUAGACGCAGUAAAAGGGACGUGAUUUGAUUAAGUGAUUAGCAUUGAAUUCAAAGUUGUACACCAAGAGUUUCUUGUGAAUUUACAGAGAAACUUUUACACGACUGCACAUAGAGCUGACUUUUUGCUUGAAAGGGUUUUUUUUCUUUUAAAUUUUCCAUUUUAUUUUUCAUCAAAUCCAUGUCAUUUAAUAUGAUAUCGAACAAUUAAAUGCAUUGCCUUGAAAGCAAAGACACGCAAAAUUCCUAUGGAUUGACAAAAUGGAAUUGAGAGUAGUUUUCUAUUGAAAAUUGUGUGUCGUUUUUCUCUCUUUAUUUGUUUGUUGGAUGCAGUAUCGAUUUUCCCGGCUACCUGCCCUCCGGGAGCAACAACACAAAGUGCACGUUUUAUCGGUGUAUUACUUGUGCGAAUAUACCUACACCACUGUAUCAAUGAGCGCAAAAACUAUUACUUUGCAAUUACUGCAAAAAUGGAAAAUAAUAAAACGUGAAAAAACUGAAAUAUGUUGAACAAAAUUUUAAUACAUACCUAUAUGUGAGUAAUGUUUCUAGAAGGGAUGCCAUAAAAAUCAUUAAAAACAAAGAGAUUAAAAAUUUUCAUGAAAAUUAAAGAUGUGAAAAUUCAAUAAUGUAAAACUAAUUCGAAAAAAGAGAUCCUGGAAUGAAGGAAAAUGUCUGAGGCAAUGUUGACGAAUCAGUCGGAGCAGCAGCAUCAAUCUGAAGAUUUGAAUUUUACCGCUUUCACUGAUUUGUGUCGUUUUUGUUCACUAAAGAAUGGUCCAAAGCUCCACCUGUUUGACAAAGAGGCAGAACAGAGGCAAAUUAUCUACAAAAUACGGUCUAUACUUCCAGUCGCGAUAACCAAGGAGGAUUACUUACCAAAGAAAAUCUGCGAAGUUUGCGUUAAUCGUCUUGAGGUACUCUUUGAUUGGCGCACCAAUUGCAUUCAAACUGAUGUAGUACUGAGAAACUAUGCUGAAUCCAUGAGAGCAGUAACUGCUUCAAUUAAUUUUCAGGAUGGGCAGGUGAAUAUUGACAAGAUGUCUUCGGCACAAAAAAAUGCCUAUUUGGAAGCUCAUAUGGCUGUGCAGCAGCACAUGGCUCAAGCUGCUGCUAUGCAACUAAAACAGCAAGUUUUAUCACGACCUGGGAGCCAUGCUAGUGAAAAUUCCAGUGGAAAUAAUCAACAAUCAUCCCAACAGUCUGGUCAAACGCAACACUCACCAUCAAAUGUGACAUCAUCCCAACACUAUGGUAGUACAAUUAAGGUUCCGCAAAUUAGUUCAUCGAGUUCCGGUGGUGCUGAUAGCACAUUUACAGUUCCGGAUGAUGUUGGUAUGGGAUAUGAAGGAGGAGUAAGGGUUCUGCAAAGUUUGGGAAAUUGGACACCCGACAUUCCUCCAAAUGUGCCACGUCCAAACCUAAUACCCUUCACAGAACCAUAUGUGGAGGGUGGUUCAAUGCAUCCUGCAAGUCGCCUAAAAGCACUACAGCAAGUGCAACAAGCAUCAAGUGGUAUUAGAAAAGCGAACACAUCAUCCAAAAGUACUAGCACUGGCGAAACGAGUCAUAAGGCAUUCGAGUGCUCCGUGUGCGGAAAGGGACUGGCCAGGAAAGAUAAAUUAACAAUUCACAUGCGUAUCCAUACAGGAGAAAAACCUUACAUUUGUGAAGUGUGCAAUAAAGCAUUCGCUAGGCGAGAUAAGCUUGUGAUCCACAUGAAUAAAUUUAAGCAUGUCACCCCGACCAACAUUGCACCACUGGGAAAGCGUCACAACAACUUGACGGUGAAAAAGAAGGAGGAGAACAACGAGAAUACCAAACAAUCAACUAUUGAUCAUCAGGGUUUGUCGCAGCAGACCACUCCAAGUGCAGUGUCGCACAGUAUGGUACCCCCGCAGCAGCCACAUCCACAGACGAGUACCCCUAUUCCGGGGGUGCCUCUGCCACACCAUCACCAACAACAACUGUCGUGGACCUGCGAGUUAUGUGGCAGGAUGUUUUCAACAAGAGAUGAGUGGUCUUUGCAUGCCAAGAGUCACUUGGAGUAUUGACAUCAGGGAAAGGCAAAUGGAGACGUGUUGCAUCAAAGCAGUAAUUCGGAUGUGGGCACAGGUAUGAUUCCAGUGAAGGACAAAAUGUUGUUACCUCAUCAAAACCAAGCUAUUCUGUCGCAGCAGCAUCAGGUACACCGUGCUCAUCAUCCAACAACCGGCGCCUUAAAUGGUUACCCGGCAAGUAGUAAAUCACCGGCCGUACAACAAUUUCUCCACUCGGCGUCCACAUCAGCCCAUGCAGUGGAUCUAGAUGAGCGUCACUGGCAUCUCGGUCAGUGCGCAAUGCUGGUCAAUUCUACACCCAACCACCAUCAAUAUACUGUCAACAAUGUGUUUUCCACACCAAAUGCCACAGCAUUCAGCUCCCCGUGAGACAGGAAUUAUUUGCCAUUCCGCAUAAUGUCUUUGGAGAAAAUACGAUUUCCACACAAUAUUCUUCGUGAAUUUGACUCAUUUUUGUACAUAUAGGUAUAUAGAAUAAAAUCCUUCUUUAGUGGCAGAAAAAAUCAUACAAUUCUAAAAAAAACAAGCAAAAGAAUCAACUAUAAAAAAAGAAUAAAUUCAAAAUCAGUCUCUAUAGAAAUUUUUACAUACACAAUGUAACUUUAUAUAGAACAUUUUUUAUAUCAUAAAAAAAGGUUUGAAAAAACAAUUGAGAAACUAUACCCGUACAUAGAGUCCUUCAGCUUUCAAACAACCAGUAAUAUUUAAAAUUGGAAUUAUUUUAUAUGAGAAAGAGAUUGUAGGAAAUUUUUCAACUAAAACUUUAGUACAUAACACAUAAUACUAAAAAAAGAUGUAGAUAUCAAUUUGUUAUUUUUUUUUCCAAUGAAGGAUUUAAGAAAAUAUGAUCUAAUGAUUAUAUUUACAAAAGAAAAUAUGAACGUGUAUAAAAAUAAUAAUAUAUAGAGGAAAAAAAUAAAAUCAAAUUAACUUCAAUUCAACUGAAAUGAGGUGAAUAAAAAUUCUGCAAAUUGUAAAAGAAGUGGAAUUAUUUGGCGUAUGUAUUUGGAGGGAAUUUGCAUUAUUUAUAUAUGAAAAAAAAAAAUCUAAAAUAUAAAGGAAAAUAGAAAACCUAUCUAACUGAAUAUAUAAUGACAUAUCUGAAUUAGGAAAUUUGCGUUUAUUCAUUGUGAAGAAAAGGAAAUAAAAAAAGAUAUGUACGGUUCUGAAUUAAAAAUGAGGAUGCAUGAGGGAGAUUAAUUCGGAACGAUAAGAGAGAAAAGUCAAAGAUGUAAAGCAUUAUAUAUACAACAAUAAAAAAAUUAAUAAUUUAAUCAUAA